AUGCAAUUCUUCCACAAAAACAAAUCGCAGCCGACACUCUUGAAUUCCGUGGAGUCGGCUCCGCACAGCAACAGCGACCACAGCAUCAGCAGUCAGAACCAUCACUCUCAUCACAGCCGAGAAGGCAGCCAGCAGCAACUGCAACAACAGCUCUACCAGCAGCAGCAGCAGCAGACUUUCCAGCCAGCCGCCGGAUCCCACGAGCUGCCCAGUGGCACGUAUCAACUUGGCCAGCACAGCAACGCUGCCAGUUAUACCCAUCCUGCUCAUGCGGGAAGUCGUUCUGAGAACUUCUCUCUCCCGCUCCAGGUUUCGUCCAAUCCUGCAGCGGUUCCCUAUUCUUCACAACCACUACCGCCGCCGCCACCACCAGCAGGCAGGCCGACCUUGAACCUCGUCCCGUCAGCGGGACAUCAGCCUGAUCACAGCAUCGACACUCUCUCUGCCGCACCAUCGCUCCCUUCCGCUCCUCACAGCACUGAAGCUUCCCCGCUCACCGAGACGCAGCCGCGCAAAUCCCGCCGAAGCUUCUUUAGUCUACACUCAAAGGAUAAGGAUAAGGAUAAGAGCUCGUCCCAAAACCCCGCCAAGCCUGGUCGAAACGUCUCUGUGAGGAAGAAAAUUAGUAACCCGAUCCCUCACCCGAAGCCGUACCAAGUCGGCCCGCUCCCGCUUUCCGACCCUGCCCCUGAUCCAGAGGAGAUCGAUAUCACGGAGAAGAAGCUCCCACAGCUCCCUAAUAACUCGUCUCAACCCAGCCUGCCUCAAUCGAUCUACCCCGCUAGAGGUGCCAGUCGGUCAUCGUCUCACCUUGAUAUCCAGCCCUUUGAGCCUCCGCAGAUCCAGCGUGUCAGCACUGAACCUCUUGGUCAGCAGGACGAAUACUACAAGGGUCGGCCACAACAAUACAACCAGUAUCAGGUAACCCGACCUGCUUCCCAACACCAGCAACAGCUACAGCCACAGCAGAACCCCCAAUUCCAAAUAGACCAGCCUCAGGCGCAGCCAGCCGCAACAUCAAUAGCUGGACAUCGGCCAAACCAGUCUUCAGACCAGGUAUCAAUCCCCCCAAGAUACUCACCAAAACCAGACCCAUACCAUCCCCCGAGGCCACCAUCCCAACAGUCUCUUGGGCCUCCAUCCCCUCUUCAUCCCUACUACCAACCGCCGGAUUCUAACUAUCAAAAACCUCAAUUCCGACAGUCCCUCCAACCUGUUGCUGGCCCUAUACCUUCACAGAGCGGAAUGGCCUUGGAACGACCUACAGGUCUCAGGCAGCCCAUUGACACAUCCCAGCAGCCGCCGCAGCCGUCACAGCCGCAGCAGCAGCAGGCUUCGGGACAACAACAGCAGUUUCCUCCAAGCAUGCCUCAAGGGCAAAGUUUCAAGGGAAGUUCUUCACAGCCAACACCUGCCGGUGAUCGUGAACAAGAGACUCCUCCACCUGGAAAGGCAAAGGACGAUACGUCAGAGCUUGAUGUAAAUGGCUGGAUCCAGAAAUAUGAGGAACUACAGCUUAAAUAUAAUCGAGUGAAAAGGUACUACUUCGACAAGGAAGCUCAAGUGCAGCAACUACAAAACACAGUUGCCCACCAGCGCAUGUCUGCUUCUAGGACUGUGUUGGAUGAUAACGAAUAUGCCACUCGCUUGGGCCGUCUGGAUGGUGCUAUUAACAAUCUUUCCUUCAACAUCCGUAAGGACUGGAAGAAUAUACCGCCGUGGCUUCAAGGUGUUGUUAACGAAGAUGCCCAUACAGUGGGAACAAAGGAGAUGACAGCCGUUGGCCGAGCCUGUCUCACACGCUGGAUCGUAGACGAAUUAUUCGACCGUUAUUUCCACCCGGGCCUGGAGCCUAAUCUCAGCCGUCAGUUGAAACAGAUUGAGCGAAACGUUCGGCGGAUGGGCAAGUUUGUCACCGAGGAAGAACAGGAGAAUCAUCUGUCCAAGGUAUCUUCCUGGCGCCGCACCACUCUUGAUGGACUCGGCGAUAUUUUCCAGAGCAAACUUGCCGACGACCAUCGGGCCGUUUUGACUCGUAAUCUUGUGGAGAAGCUCACGGCUAGCCUAGAGAUGAACCUGAAAACUCCUCCUCCGCCUGGGCUGGAGAAUGGUGUGGCAAUGAUUGUUGAGCUUGCCGUCGGUAUCAGCGCAAAUAUACCCCUGGAAUCAAGAGAUAUCUCUAUUGAAUAUUUCCUUCCUGGUGCUACAAUCACGGAAUCUCACAUGAAAAUCGAGACCACCCUACCACCUCUUUCCAAUCCGGGCAUAGAGCCACGACUGGGCUCAGAACCUUCCUCCGCAGCAACUGACAGGGUAGACCAGUCAUCUAUCAAGGGCAUUGAGGCAGCAAUCUCCUCCUCUGAGGUGGCAAGUGGAGAUGACAAAGACUCAAACUUCCCCAUCCAGCCUCAACCAGCCAGCCAGGGCCGCAAGAAAUCAGUCUUUGGCUCGUUGAUAAGCAAAAAACCACAUUCAGGGCCUGGGAACUCCGUAGACCCUAUGCGGCCGCCAUCUGGCCAUUUCCGAGAACGUGAAGAAGCUGUCGAAGCUUCUCGCGAGAAGGAGAAUGAAAACCGCAUCCGUUUCGCUGCUUUUGCCGCCGUCGAGGUCCGAGGCAAGGGAACCGGCAAUGUCAUUGUCAAAGCUCCUGUUUACCCAUUCUCAUGA